AACAGGGACACAUCUGGCAACCUCACACUGUCCAAUCCGGCAACCUCACACUGUCCAAUCCGGCAACCUCACACUGUCCAAUCCGGCAACCUCACACUGUCCAAUCCGGCAACCUCACACUGUCCAAUCUGGCAACCCAAACAGCACCAAGUGAAGCAAAGUGAAGUGUUCCGAAAACAGAAAGUGUGUUUGGUGUGAAAGGACGGAGUUGAGGCUGCGUGUGGUGAUGGAGCAGGUUGGUGAUGUCAUACGGAUGUGCUGUGAGGUUUCAUCCAAUCAGCAGAUGAAGGCAGCAGUGAGGAGUUCUGGGAAAGGAGCGGUGGUGGCAGGAGGAAGUGCGUUUGUAGGAGGGCUGCUGCUCGGACCUGCUGGAAUUGCUGUUGGUGGGGCAGUUGGGGGUCUCCUGGGCUGGGGAAUGACGAGAGGCCAGUUUAAACCGGUUCCUCAAAUCCUCAUGGAGCUGCCCCCUCCACAGCAGAGGAAGCUUUACGGGGACGUGAUGGCAGUUUUGGGUUCAUUGGACUGGACCGACGCCGUGCAGCUCAUCGCCCUUGUGAUGGGGAACGCCAGCAUGCAGGAGCGCGUCAUAACCACCAUCCUCACCUUCGUCACCAAGGAGCUGCACGCUGAGAUCCAAUAUGGAGACUGAGACCACGAGCUGCACACUACACCAUCAGCCUUCACUGGGUUCACCUCUGCGCACUUAAUUUAAUUAAAUUUUAUUUAGCUGCUUGAAGAAUUUUAGAAACUGAAGAAAAGAAUGCGUGUCAUUUCACACAUUUAGUUUAAAAUGUCAAAUUUAGUGAAAAGUUUAACUCUUGGUGUGAAAGUGUGAGAAGAAACAAAGUAACUAAAUUAGGUUUACAGAAAUAAAGUUUAAUAAGUGCUUUUUUUAGUUUAGACUAAUCUCUUGGUUACGUUACUAAUUAUUGGAGUUAUAUAGCAUUUAAUUUUUUAGUUUAUAUUUUUGUUAUUUUAAACAUGUCUGGAAUGUAAAAAUUGACAGGUUUAGGAUCAAAUGUAAUGAGCUCUGUGCCUUAUGAUGUAUUAUUAUUAUUAUUAUUAUUCCAGUGGAAUUUAGUGUGAAGUUUAGAAUUUAAAUCUGAAGCUCAGCAGUGAGUGUUUUGCUGCUGAAAGGUUCCAGCUGAAGCAGAAUAAAUGUGAAACUGCAGCACAGAGAGCUGAGGAGGGUCGAGUGAGCAAAAACUACUCAAGGAAAAUUAUUACUCAAUAAUAAUAAUAAUAAUAAUUACUCAAGUAGAAGUAACAGUUCUUAUCAAAAUAAUGAAUAAAAAUGAUCUAAUAAAAUGAGAACUGGAGUAAAAGUAA